AUGUCUGGAAAUAAAAAGGACAAAAAACAAACCACAAAGAUGAAGAGGAAACAGGUUGUUGAAAAACUGUGUGCUUCCUUUCCUGACUGGCUUCCUAUUCCUGAGGAUAGUGUGCGUCUGACUGUGAGCUGGCAGGGUCAACAGCAGAACUGGCUGGUGACAGAGCCCUCGUGUGGCCUUGAUCAGUGUGUGGCGUUAUUCUACAAGCCCUCAUCUUCUGCUGGCCAGAAGGAGCACGACCUGUUCAAGUGGACUGACUACAACUGCAAUUCCAAGAAUAAUUUCAUCUGCAAGUACUCAGACGAGAAGCAUCCUGUCCCCACUCCAGCAGGAAAUAUCACUACACUCACAGGUACUGAUGACCUGACUCUGGUGCCAAAGCGGCCGACCAUUACAGUGGACAAUGACAGGAUAAAAACUGAGCUCUCUGAGUCAUCGGUUUCUAUUUCAGAUGACACUAAUAUUUACUACAUCCUCCUCGCCACUCUACCUGUAAUGCUGCUGUUGAUAUUAGUGGUGUCGGGGGUGUUCUGUUUCAGAGUCAUGUCCAGGAGGAGAAAAGAACAGAAUGAAAUCUAUGCCGUGCCAGGACAGUGGGUGCGUCCAGUAGCUCCAAAAAGUCAGAAUGAUUAUAAGCACACCAACAAAUUCAACCAGUCUGGAGCUCAUCUGGAGUACAUGAGCUCUGAAAUUAACCGAACAUUUAGUGUGAUGUCCACAAUCAGUCAGUUUGAGGACUACGAGAACGUCCCGAGCCGCCCCACGCAGUGCGGUUUUGUCACAAAUGACAUCUACGAGACCUGCCGGAGCUCCUCGGUGGUAGAGGCCGGAUGGGUGGACAAUGACAUCUAUGGAUACUAAAACACUAUACAGUGUGUAUACUGACUGGUACAGUCUCUCCCACUAGUGUGACUGGCUCUCCCACCAUGUCUGCUCUUUGAUGUGCACUAUGUGACCCGGUGGGGAAGCCAGUGGGGGUCUAAUUCAGGGGUGUACAGAUUCCCAUAACUGACUAUACAAAGAAGCAUAAAGGUGUCAUCGGCUUGUGAGAGCUUCCUCUGUGGAAGCUGGCAUCCUGGAACGGGACCUUCCAUUUGGAAAUUCACAAAACAGUGUGCUGACCUCUCAGCCCUUCAACAACAUCCUUCUGUGUCUCUGAGAAUGGCCUCUCUAAAGGAUACCUACUGGCUUUUAAAGACUGGGUAGUUGCUUUGUAAGCUCUUUAGUGUAAAAACAGAAUUAAAGGAUUUGUACGUAUAAACCAUUAUUGUAGCAUAUUGAAUGUAUUUUGCUUUUGGGUGUCAAAUUAUGAGCAGAAAGAUAAAUAAUGAGUUUUUGCAGUAUUUGGAUUGUAGAUGAUAUGUUGUCUGUCCUUAUAAGAAUAAUAAUAAUAAUAUCCUUGUCAAGUUAUUUGGACAUUCUUAAGCACAGAAUAGCUUUUAAUUAAUGUAUUUUUGUUUAAUCAACAUUGUUCCCGCACUCCUGGACAACCUGGAAAUGUCUUGGAAAUUUAGAAUCAGGCCUGGAAAGGGAGAAUGUAGCCUAUAUUUUUAUAGUGAUAUACAUUUUUCUAGUUAUGCUUAACUUAUUGGUAAGUACUUGACUGCUAGAGUCUUGGAAAUGGCCCGAUCUUAAUGCAAUUUAACCCUAAAAAAUGAUUUUAUUUAAUUGUAUUUGAGAAGAAAUAAACGUUUUUGAAAUCUCAUUCAGUGGCUUUUGUCAUGCUGAGAACAGAUCUCUACCUUUUCCAUAUCGUCAAAUGUCACUGCUGCAUGCUUGGAACUUCACAUCGAGUUCAGAUGACUCACUCAUUUUCCAAUCCAUUCUGUUAUUUCACAUUUUGUACCCUUUUAGCGACUGCGUCACUGUCAAUUUAUUGAAAUGUUCUGAGCUAAACGCGAUUCUUUGGAAAUGCACUAUUAUUCAGCUGAGUUCCCUGCCGUCAUCAGAGCUGUAGGAGCAGUGAAGUGUUUUAUUAGACCUGAGUGACUGCAGUACAGCAUGUGACCGUCAGAUGUCGCCAUAUGAUAGGCCACCUAAAACUGAAUUGCGUGCAGCUUUGUUGCACUUGUGUCAUGGAGGUGUUUAAAUGACAUUUUCCAAUACAAAUCAUG